GUUUGCUUGUUCGUUUUUUUUUUUGGCUGCAGAAAUAAAUAAACGAAUUUCGGUUUAAAAUGAGCGGAAACUAUGAUAAUUGUGAAUUAAAUUAAGUACAAAAAAGUGAAACCACCAACUGGAAGCAAAUUCUGGGAGAUAAAUAUUUGUGGUCCAGAAAAUAUUUGGAGUGGCCAUUGGAGACAACAGCUGUCGGUCUGCUGGCUGGCGAAAGGUGAACUGAGGUCAUUGUAUUGUUGGGAAUUACGUGUGCGUAUAUCCGCCGCCCAUCUACUUGCCCCUGCCCUCCCCCUCCUCCUCAUCCACUCAAGUGCUCGGGAAGCUGCCAAAAAAAAAGAAGAAAAAACAAAAAGAACGCCUCUUGGCAUAAUCAAUUAAAAUGCCUAGGAAUCUGCCGCUUCUGCCGCUGGCCCUUUGUGCCGUCGCCUUUUUGGCCGCCGUGGGUCCAAUGCCCGCCAUCGGGGCGGUGGCCAACCACAAGCACGAGAAGCAUCUCAGCAAGGAGCGGGUCAAGGACGGGGUCUACGCCCCCCGGGACGCCCACCACCAUGGCGAGGAUGGGGAGCACAACGUGGAGUUCGAUCACGAGGCCAUUAUCGGCAACACAAAAGAGGCUCAGGAAUUCGACACACUAACACCGGAGGAAUCGAAGAGACGUCUGCUGAUACUGGUCAAAAUGAUGGAUCUGAAUAAGGACGAAUUUAUUGACCGGCAUGAGUUGAAAGCCUGGAUUUUAAGGUCUUUUAAAAAACUAUCGGAAGAAGAAGCUGCUGAUAGAUUUGAAGAAAUAGAUCAGGAUGCGGACGAGAAAAUAACCUGGACGGAGUAUCUGCAGGAUACUUACGCCAUGGAGGAUGAGGACUUUAAAAAGGAGACCAUUGACUUCGAUAGCUACGAGGAUGAGCAGAAGAUGAUCAAACAGGACAAGGAGAUGUUCAAGGCGGCCGACACGAAUAAGGAUGGAGUGCUGACGCUGGAGGAAUAUGUUUACUUCCAAAAUCCCGAAGAGCAUCCACAAAUGUUGCCCAUACUGUUGGAGCACACGAUGCAGGAAAAGGAUUUGGAUCACAACGGAAUGAUCAACUUCCAGGAGUUUGUCGGCGACGCAGCCUCGCAUCACGACAAGGAGUGGCUGAUCACAGAGAAGGAGCGAUUCGACAAGGAUCACGAUUCCAAUGGCGAUGGCGUGCUCACGGGCGAUGAGGUUUUAUCCUGGAUUGUGCCGAGUAAUACGGCGAUUGCCAACGACGAGGUGGAUCACCUGUUUGUCUCCACCGAUGAAGAUCACGACGAUCGGCUGUCCUACCUGGAGAUACUCAACAACUACGAUACCUUUGUGGGCAGCGAGGCAACCGAUUACGGGGACCACUUACAAAACAUUAACCAUCUCUCCGACGAGCUGUAGAUUCCAGCCAAAUCCCUUUCCUGCUAUAGUGAACCUGUGCUUAGUAUUGUAUUUCAUUUAAAUAGUUAGUAAAUUUAUGUUUUAUUUAUGUAAAUUCAAGUGACAAUUGCAAAUCAAUAUCGCUAAAUUGUUUUGAGCGCUUCUUACGAAUUUCAUUUCACAUGUCUUAGUUUUCUUGUUUGUCAUGUACCAAUUACAUUACGUGUAGUAAUUUAUAUAGACACAAAAAAGAAUCUACAAAAUAAAUAAUUUUUACUAAAUUA